CCACAAAGCUGGUGGAGAAAUGAAAGGAAUGCAAAACCAUGUUCUUUUGCCCAAACCAUGAAACCAAAACCCCUCAAAUCCAAAACCAUCUGCUCCGCUCCCUGUAUAUCCAUCUAUUCAUAUCUCUGUCUCCAUUCAUCUAUAUCUCUCUCAGUACAUUGCACGCACCAAAAUUACCUCUCACUUUACUCUCUCUCUCUCUCUCAAUUGCCACUCUUUUUUUUUUUUUGUUUAACUGAAUUGCGAAUUAAUUACCAAAAGAAAAAUUGCUGCAAAAGCCGAAGAAGGUGACUCUGUUUCUGGUGAUGUAUUCCAUCUCAAAUUUCUAAGUAAGUUGUGCUUUUGGCAAUUUUCCUUUUUGGGGUUUUUUUUUUCUAGUCUUGUAAUGGAUUAUGUAUAGAAUGUGAAAGAGAAUUUUGAGAUUUUUCCCAACUGAGUUUUCAUGUUUUUGGUAAUUGAAUUUGUUUUAAGCUUUAAUGGAACAUAAUGGUUUACCAGGUGGAAUGUAUUCAACUAAGGGCUCUGGGAUGUUAGGGUUAGAAAUGUCACUUCACCACCACACCCCACAACCAAACCCUCCUCACCAGCUGCAACAACAUCCACCACACCCCCAAAUAGUUGGGCAAAUUUACCCAUUUGCCCCCAAAGCCAAAACCCAACAGCAGUUAACCCUGAGUGAUGAGGAUGAGCCUGGACUCAACACUGAGGACAGUGCUGGUGAUGGGAAAAGGAAAAACAUAUCCCCAUGGCAUAGGAUGAAAUGGACUGACAGUAUGGUUCGAUUGUUGAUUAUGGUGGUUUUUUAUAUCGGGGACGAAGCUGGAUCGGAAGGGAAUAAUGAUCCGGCGGCAGGGGCGAAGAAAAAGGGUGGUGGAGGGGGGGUUUUACAGAAGAAAGGGAAGUGGAAAUCGGUGUCGACAGCGAUGAUGGAGAGAGGGUUUUAUGUGUCUCCACAGCAGUGUGAAGACAAGUUCAAUGACCUGAACAAGAGGUAUAAGAGGGUUAAUGACAUACUGGGGAAGGGGACAGCGUGCCGGGUUGUGGAGAAUCAGAAUUUGCUAGAAACAAUGGACCAUUUGUCCCCGAAAAAGAAGGAAGAAGUGAAGAAACUAUUGAAUUCUAAGCACUUGUUUUUUAGGGAAAUGUGUGCUUAUCACAAUAGUUGUGGGGGUAGCGUUGGUGGCGGUGGAGGUUCAGGUGGUCAUCAAUCCCCAGAGGUGGCUGUUGAGUCAUCUCACCAGAUGCAUCCACAGUUGCAGCAACAAAGUUGUUUCCAUUUGUCAGAAAAUCCCCCAGUUGUGUCUCUUAAUUCUGGAAGAGCCGAUACGUAUGGAUCCAAAAUGGCUUCAGCGGGGAGCCCUGAGGAAGAGGAAGACGAUGAAUAUGACGAAAACGACGACGAUGAGGAUGGGGACGACGAAGAUGAGAUUUUAGGAGGAGGUGGAAUGAGGGAGAAUGGCAAGGGGUACGAGGAGGAGGAAGGGGGUGAUGACAAGUGUUCAAGGAAAAGGCUGAGAAAGGGAAUGACCACAUUGCCCCCCUUACCUUUGAUGGAACAAUUGAGCACGGAACUGGUGAGUGUGGUUGAGGAUGUCACCAAGAGUUUGAGGGAGAAAAGGCAGUGGAUGAAGAACCGAUUAAUGCAGUUGGAGGAGCAGCGAGUGAGUUAUCAGUUCGAAGCGUUUGAGAUUGAGAAGCAGCGACUUAAGUGGGUGAAGUUCAGUAGCAAGAAGGAGAGGGAAAUGGAGAGGGAUAAGUUGAAGAUUGAGCGGAUGAGGCUUGAGAAUGAAAGGAUGAUGCUUAUUCUUCGCCAGAAGGAGCUCGAGUUGCUCGAUCUUCAGCAACUGCAGCAGCAACAGAUUUCUUCAAUCUAGAGAAGUGAUCGAUCGUCAGUCAUGGGUGAAUUGUAAAGUGAAGUUGGUGAUUUAGAUAGGUACAUGGUAGUGUUCUUUGUUUGCUUUUUAUUUUUUCUGCUGUGAUGUCAAUUAAAUUCGAAACGAUGGAUAGAAUCUCGGUUUUGUUUCAAUCUCACUGUUAUGCUGUUGCUUGGAAUUUUUAAGCUUGAAAUAUGUCAUGUGUCACUGUUACACCA